AUGUACUCGUCAAUGCAUCAAGGCAAGUUGCUUUCGUCACUUGCCCGUGUCCGUCCUUGUCGAUUUAUUGCCCGUCGUCGCUAUCCGGCCGUCCUCGCGUCGUGUUCUCCUGCACGCCGAUUUCAUAUCUCGAGGAAUUAUCUCUCUUCGACGCCGUCGGAUCCUACUGGUGGGCAGAAUCCGGUGCCGGAAAAUGUUGCCAACGAUGUUUCGACGCUCAAUGGGUUUCCCGAGGGUAAUAGCGAAACUUCGAACGCUGCGAUACCGCCUACAGAGGCUCCGGGGAAGAAGGAGCCCGGGCCGUAUGGAUCGGGGAUACGCAGGGCCUUGAGGAAUAGGAAACCAGGGAAAGAAUGGACGCCGCCGGCUGCUGUGAUUCCCGAUUGGUUUCAUGAGCGGAAUACGGUCAUUCACAAGGGUGAAGGGCAGGCUGGGGUUCAGACAACACCACAGGUCUUUAUAGACAAGACAAAUACCGAGAAGUGGGCGGAGGACACCCAGAAGAGCGCGCAGGGUGGUGACGGAGAAGGAAGCCAGCCCGGAUCUGAUGAGUCCCCGUCGGAAAAUCGGUAUGCUCUGUCGGAAGCAUUAUGGGAGGAAUUGUGCGCUUCCGCUAGGGCAGGAAUACGGCUUCCGCCUGCAAAAUACGCAAAGGAACCUUCUGCGAAGAAGACGCAUUUGGUUCUUCACUACCCGGGUAACGAUGGGAUUGUCUUCCUGGAUGCAGUGGUCAAAAGGCUAGCGCAGGAGUUGGGUACGGAUCUGGUGACGCUCAAUGCUCAGGAUAUUGCUCAGCUAUGCAGUGAGCAGGAUUUGGCAGACAGCGGCGUGACCUCGCCCAUCAGAUCACUUGGGUAUGAAGUAUAUCGUCCGUCGCUUUCCGAGGCUUGGCAGGAGGAUGGCGAUGCCGACGAUUCAGAUAUGAUGGACACUUCGGGUCCAUCGACAAACUUCAGACCCAGUUCAGGGAGUCCAAAAUUCAUCACCAUUGAGAGCUCGAAAGAUGCUGGCGAUAUUCCACUGCCGAACUGGCUCGGUUUGAAGUCCCUCGUGGCUUCAAUUAGCGGCCCUGCGGACACUUCCGGUUCAUCUGGAGCACAUCCAAGCGGCGACCGGGUGGAGGACCGACGACUGCGGCUUCUCCAUGAGCUCCUUUCCUUGUCAUAUGACAAGCCCGCUCCAAAACUGUCUGAAUCGAAAACACCAGCGGAAGGCUCUUCUGAAGCCCCCAACCAUGAACCAUCUCGCGACAUCAUUGUGCAGGUUCAGGACUACGGCGAGAUCCAAGGCACCCGGGAAGGUUCUCGAUUUGUAUCUCUACUGCAGCAGGUCAUCCAAGAGCGGCGAAAAGCUGGAUCGCGCGUACUGCUGGUUGGGACAGCAGCCCAGGACGUUGGUCCUGACUCGCAAGACGCGUCGAGGCUCAUGCAGAAUGCGUUCGAUGACCACUUCUCCCAAAUGCUCGUUGUCACGCCGGCCACGAGCUCGCAAGAGGUUGAAAAGACCUUUACGCAAGACCGUAAGCGGCGGACUUUGGACAUUAACGUCCGGCAUAUGCAAGAUAUGCUUCGGACACGACUUUAUGAACAUGCAUCGGCUACAAAGGACGACAUUUUCAACACUCGCGCGUGGCCGUUAGAUCCCACGAUGAUCAAGGACACCGGACUCGAAGAGCGGUAUUGGUCGUAUGGCCAAAUACACUGGGCCGCCACGCUCGCGCUAGGAAGUGUCAAAGGGGAGGAAGCAUUUGGUUUCGAACACAUCCAACGUGGAUUGGAGAUAAUGCAAAGCACAGACCGUAUCAAGAACGCGUGGUUGCAAGAACGGCCGCCCAAAACGAAGACUUCAGACUCCAGUAACGACAGAGAAAAGUUAUUAGUGUCGUUACGCAAGACCUGCAAUACCCAUGAAAAGAAACUUCUGAACGGUGUCGUGGACGCAAAGAACAUCCGCACGACAUUCUCGGAUGUUCACGUCCAGUCCGAGGCAAUCGAUGCCUUGAAGACACUCACCUCGCUCUCCCUCAUCCGCCCUGAAGCCUUCACAUACGGUGUCUUGUCGACAGACAAGAUCCCCGGCUUACUACUGUAUGGACCCCCCGGUACCGGUAAAACCCUCCUGGCCAAGGCCGUGGCACGCGAAAGUGGCGCUACAGUCCUGGAGGUCAGCGGAUCCGACAUCUACGACAUGUACGUCGGAGAAGGAGAAAAGAACGUUAAAGCCAUCUUCACAUUAGCCAAGAAGCUAAGCCCGUGCGUGGUGUUCAUCGACGAAGCAGACGCCAUCUUCUGCUCCCGUACCGGCUCCAGCAGCCGCACCUCGCACCGCGAACUCAUCAACCAGUUCCUACGCGAGUGGGACGGAAUGAACGACCUCUCAGCCUUCAUCAUGGUCGCUACUAACAGACCCUUUGAUCUAGACGAUGCAGUCCUGCGUCGUCUCCCGCGACGGCUUCUCGUCGACCUCCCCACAGAACAAGACCGCCUGGCGAUCCUCAAGAUCCACCUCAAGGACGAAACCCUAGACUCAACAGUGGACCUCGCCGAACUGGCCCGUCGAACGCCCCUCUACUCCGGCUCCGACCUCAAGAACCUGUCUGUAUCCGCAGCCUUGGCCUGCGUUCGCGAAGAAAACGACGCAGCAGCGCAACACCAGGGCCCAGAGCCUUAUCAAUAUCCUGCCCGGCGGACACUCACCUGGACGCACUUCGAACGCGGUAUGGAAGAAAUCAGCGCAUCCAUCAGCGAAGACAUGUCAUCGCUCUCUGCGAUCCGGAAAUUCGACGAACAAUACGGAGACCGCAAGGGCCGACGCAAGAAGAGUCCCGGAUGGGGAUUCGUGCCUGCGAGUGGUGACGAAGGAGGGACUGAUACGGCGCGUGUGCGGACCUAG